AUGCUCAACCCCGCUGUGCACUCACCUGGAGGCCGACAGAAGCGCAGAGGAGUCCCGCUCGGAGUGAAGGACGGACGGACAGACUGCCGAGUGCUCGCAGGGAAAACAACGCAGGAGAAGCGAGUCCUCAAAUCCACCAAUCCUCCUCCUCCUCUACCUCCCCCCGCCCCUCCGCUCCGCUCUGCCUCAGUACGGCCCGGACUGCAGACUGCGGUGCGCUUGUUUCAGACACAGCGAUGCACCGGCGGGGCGGCGCUAUAUUGUGAAGAAUGUGUUUAA